AUGGAUUACUCAAGUGAUCCACUGACAGAUUGUCAGUCUCAAAUGUUAUCGUUCUGGGAUCUCAUACGUGUUGAAAUAGAUGGUCUAAAAUGUGACCAUGCCGCUUUCAAAACCCAGGACUUACCACUGGCUCGUAUCAAAAAGAUUAUGAAGUUGGAUGAUGAUAUCAAAUGUAUGAUGAUAAGCGCUGAGGCACCCAUAUUGUUCGCAAAAGCUGCUGAGCUUUUUAUACGAGAACUAACGUUGAGGGCAUGGAUCCAUACAGAACGUAACCGUCGGCGUACUCUUCAAAGAAAUGAUAUAGCAAUGGCAGUCAGUGAUGGCGACACAGAUCAAUUUGAUUUUCUUAUUGAUAUUGUACCACGUGAAGAAGCAAGAGGACAUCGUCGGCCAACGCAAACAACCUCAGCUUCAAAUGCUAAUGGGAAUUCAGGGAAUAUUAAGUCGGAAAAUGCUUCACAUAGAAAUAAUUUUCUUACGAAUACAAACGAUACGCACUCAUUAUCUCUAGGACAAAACUCUGGUCAAAUGGUUGUUUCCGGUUUGUCCAAUGACGCUACAGGGUCUUCAACCCAACCACAAACAGUAACUGUUGCUCUAGCAUCUGCGGCCCUUGCCGGGGCAACAUCUGUUAAUUCAGCCAUUCCAUGUCAAACAUUAGUCCAACAAAAUCAACCUACAGCUGUUCAUUUUACAACGAUCUCUUCUGGGAGUGGUUUAGCCACCGCCCAGUCUUCAGCUAAUUCUGGGUCAACUGUAAUAGCAGCUUCAGCACCUAAUGCCACCACAGUCGCUACCACCGCAGCUCCUUUGCAAUAUGUUCUUCAACUUCCGGUCGGCACAGCUGGAGCAUCAGCUGGUCAGCCAUUUCAAAUACAAGUCCUUCCCCAACAUUUCCAGACUGCUAACACUGACGCUGUAUCUGCCGGUCAAGCUGGUGCUAUCCUUGCCGAUGGAAAUACACUUCCUUUAGUUCAAGUUGUCUCUCAACCCGGUGGUAUAGCAGUUCCAAUCAUUCAAGAGGCUGGUGGCAGUCGAACUCAAAUUUUACAGCUUCAGAUGCCAGAAUCAACUGCUGGUCAACGACCGACCUUGUUUCUACAGCAAGCCGGUGCUCUGCUAGGGACUCACAUGGGUGCAGUAAUUGCCAGUGUAGAUGGUCAUUCUCAACAAAUUAUGUACAGUUUACAAGCACAACCUCUGGUUUCUUCAAACUCUUCAUCAAGAGCCCAAGUUCUUCUUUCAUUGGAUGAGGCAUCUGAAUGUAUCUCAUCUAUUGCAGAUUCAAACUGUAUAACAUCUAAUAACAGUAUUCAUCCUGGUGCUGCUCAGUUAUUAGACGAAGCAGCUAGUGAAUUAGAUAUUGCAUCAUCUGUUGCUGUACCACACUCAGUAAGUACUGAAAUACUUGGACCUAAAGAUUACACUCCUCAUCCUACGGAGCUUGAUCACAAGCCAGUUAUAAACUCCGGUAGUGUUAUGAUUACUGAUGACCUUGUAGGUCUAACCGAAGGUCAAGCAGUCGAGAUUCACACCGUAGAGUCAAAUAACAGAGAGUGCUUGGAGUCUGGAGUUGACAGUAGUAAUCCACACCCAACCGUUAUUACAGAUGAUGAUAAAACCGUUUGAAACCAACACUGUCAUAUUCUUAAUGUUGUCCAGUUUUUAUUCUUUGCUUCAAAAUACAUGUAUGUAUAUAUGCAUACCACCACAGAACAAAUUUCGUCCUGUUAACGUAACUCGCCUAUAACAUGUUUCUUCAAUGUUUU